CAUAUGUAACUGUUCUAAGUAUAUAAUAAACUAUAUAAAAAUGUAACUCCAAGUGUGACUGCGAAUGGGAUCUAGAAACUCUUGGAGUAUCGAUGCAUAAAUUUUUGAUGAUCAGUGGAGGCGUUAUUGGUUCCGCUAAAAGGUUAUAUGUCUGAGGAAGCGUUUCGAGCGUUUCAACUCAUAACAUUGAUCGUGACUUGAGUGUUUGAUGUAAAGAUGAAUAUUAUUUCUACGAAGGAAGAGGAGACGGUUCUCCGUUUUUUGAAAUCGCAUGGCUGUUGUUUGAGAUGCCGUUUGCGCUUUAUGGGAUGCCGUACAACACAAUGCAAUUUUUCCGAAUUUGCAGCACGUGCAGAUCACACGGAUGUAUCAGAUAAUAUUUCUUCUGAACAAGAAACGCCUUGUGUUGUGUGCUUGGGAAUCCUUCAAGAUAAGAUACAGGAAACUGUAAUCGCAAAAAUUGCGGACAAGGUAGAGCAAAACGAUUACGACUGUGGAACUUUCACGUGUGCACUAACUAUUCCUGUAUCGAUAAGGCUCAGAGAACACAUAUUGUACGCUUAUAUGUCCAAAGAGACGAAUAUUGACGAAUCUAUCGUAAGUGUUCUUAGAACAAAGCUACAAAAUGUCAAAGAUGUCUGGAAGUUGUUUACGAUCCCAAAACUUGAGCAAGCUAUAAGAAAGCGUGCGGAUCUAUCGAUGCCAUCACCUUUUCUCGUUGAAGUCUUCUUAGAGCACGACGACGAUAAGACGAUAUUUAACGAACUAAUGGACAAGCACAAAGGAUGCAGUAAUAAACAGAGGAGGAGCAAGCACAAUGAUAAUAAGUUCAGCAGGAAGAAUAUCGAGACUCUGCUGAGCGAGAUGACGGACGAGCAACUCAGGCAACGUUUCGCGCUUUCGCAAAUCGCAUCGAGAACGUUCGUUCGCGUGGACACUGUUCUGUGUUCUCACAGCAGUAUUUUCAUAGGAGGACGCUACAACAAACUCUCGAGAGAACUCAGUCAGACACCGUGGUUCGUGAACGGUGAGAAGAAAGUGGAGACGUCGGUGCAGGAUCUGCUGUGUAAUCCUAUCGCGGAGGCAGUAAAGGCAGAAUCUAUAAAAUUUUUAUCGUCGGGAAGGGAAGACGUCGAUGUCAGGAACGUGUAUGACGGCCGACCGUUCGCGGCCGAGCUGUUGAAUCCUCGCAUGACGAACAUCACGGGCGAACUUCUGACGUGUCUAGCUACUACAAUCAAUCAAUCGACUAAACAGGUCAAAAUAACGUCAGGCUUGAAGAUUCUCUCGAAGUUCGACUUGAAAAAGCUCAAGGAAGGCGAGAAUGUUAAAACAAAGUUUUACCGGGCGCUAUGCGUCUGUCGAGGCGUGAGCAGCGACAGUUUGCCGCGACUGGAAAAUCUGAACAAAUUAAAAGACGUUAAAAUCGUGCAGAGGACACCGGUGAGAGUGCUUCACAGGCGACCACUGAGUCCGCGAACGCGCGUAGUUUACGAGAUGCGCGCGCGUUGGGCGAAGCGACACGAGCUGGAGGAACUGCUGCACACCGCUGCCGAAAGCGCAGAUACGUUUUUUGUUCUCGAUGUCAAGACGCAAGCGGGCACAUACGUGAAGGAGUUCGUGCACGGUGACUUUGGCAGGACCAAGCCGAGUUUGCGCAACUUUUUAAACACUGAAGUAGAUAUCAUUGCGUUGGACGUUACCGGUAUCAACUUAAAAUGGCCGUAAAAAGUGUAAUUGAUACUUUGAUACUGUAUUUAUGGAAUUAUAAUAAAAGCAUCAGCAUUAAAUACAUAAAAUAUAAAA